GGGUGGAGGCAGCCGCGCCGAACCGAACCUCCCGCGGAAAGAAGGCAGCGCUCCGCCGAGCUCCGCGCCCCUCCGUGGGGCCAUGCAGUGCCCCUGCCCCCACGCUACGAGCGGCGACCCUCGCCCCGCCGCCGCACCCCGCGCAGCCUGAGCUCCUCGCGGGGGUUCCGCGCCCCUCCGCGUUGGGACGGGGUCGGAGGAGGCAGAGGCGGUACCGAAAAGCUCCGCGGCUCUGCGCGAUUUCCAUUCCCCCCAUCUGUCCCGGCCAUGGGGAAGGGGCUGGAGGGGACAGCGGCCCGCUGUGGGCUGGGACUGGGAUACCUGCUGCAGACCGUGGUGCUCCCCGCCCUGGCUGUCCUGGGAGCCAGCCGCCCCGGCUCCGCCGCACAAGAUGAUGACUUUUUCCAUGAACUUCCAGAAACUUUUCCAUCUGAUCCUCCAGAGCCACUGCCCCAUUUCCUUAUUGAACCCGAGGAGGCUUACAUUGUGAAGAACAAGCCUGUGAACCUGUACUGCAAAGCAAGCCCAGCCACACAGAUCUAUUUCAAGUGCAACAGUGAAUGGGUUCAUCAGAAAGACCAUGUGGUGGAUGAGAGAGUAGAUGAAACCUCUGGUCUGAUUGUCCGGGAGGUAAGCAUUGAGAUAUCUCGCCAGCAAGUUGAGGAACUUUUUGGACCUGAAGAUUACUGGUGCCAGUGUGUUGCCUGGAGCUCUGCAGGUACCACCAAGAGCCGGAAAGCCUAUGUCCGCAUCGCAUAUCUCCGGAAAACUUUUGAACAGGAGCCCUUGGGGAAAGAAGUGUCCCUGGAACAAGAGGUCCUGCUCCAGUGUCGUCCCCCUGAAGGCAUCCCAGUAGCUGAGGUGGAGUGGCUGAAGAAUGAAGAGGUGAUUGAUCCCGUGGAAGACAGAAACUUUUACAUCACCAUUGAUCACAACCUUAUCAUCAAGCAAGCCCGGCUGUCAGACACAGCCAAUUACACCUGUGUUGCCAAAAACAUUGUGGCCAAAAGGAAAAGCACCACAGCAACAGUGAUUGUCUAUGUGAAUGGAGGAUGGUCUACAUGGACUGAGUGGUCGGUGUGUAACAGCCGAUGUGGGAGAGGCUUCCAGAAGCGCACGAGGACCUGCACCAAUCCUGCCCCACUCAAUGGCGGUGCCUUCUGCGAGGGGCAGAGUGUCCAGAAAAUAGCUUGCACUACCCUUUGCCCAGUGGAUGGAAAGUGGACAUCCUGGAGCAAGUGGUCCACCUGCGGCACAGAGUGCACCCACUGGCGCCGGAGGGAGUGCACAGCGCCGGCACCGAAGAACGGGGGCAAGGACUGUGAGGGGCUGGUCCUGCAGUCUAAGAACUGCACUGAUGGGCUCUGCAUGCAGGGUUUCAUUUAUCCUAUUUCAACUGAACAGAGAACCCAGAAUGAAUAUGGAUUUUCUUCUGCUCCUGACUCGGAUGAUGUUGCUCUCUACGUUGGGAUCGUCAUCGCCGUCAUCGUCUGCUUGGCCGUGUCCCUCAUCGUCGCCCUCUUUGUCUAUCGCAAGAACCACCGUGACUUUGAGUCAGAUAUCAUCGACUCCUCGGCCCUAAAUGGGGGAUUUCAGCCUGUGAACAUCAAGGCUGCCAGGCAAGACCUCCUGGCGGUCCCACCAGACCUCACUUCUGCUGCAGCCAUGUACAGGGGUCCUGUUUAUGCCUUGCAUGACGUCUCUGAUAAAAUCCCAAUGACCAAUUCUCCAAUCCUGGACCCGCUGCCCAACCUGAAGAUCAAGGUUUACAACACCUCUGGUGCAGUCACCCCCCAGGAUGACCUCUCUGACUUCUCCUCCAAGCUGUCCCCGCAGAUCACCCAGUCUCUGCUGGAGAACGAGGCCCUGAAUGUGAAGAACCAGAGCCUGGCACGGCAAACAGACCCAUCCUGCACUGCAUUUGGGACCUUCAACUCUUUAGGAGGUCACCUAGUAAUUCCCAAUUCAGGAGUAAGCUUGCUGAUCCCAGCGGGGGCCGUUCCACAAGGGAGAGUCUAUGAAAUGUAUCUGACAGUUCACAGGAAGGAGAACAUGAGGCCACCUGUAGAAGACAGCCAAACCCUGCUGACACCAGUGGUGAGCUGUGGCCCUCCUGGAGCACUGCUGACCCGGCCUGUGAUUUUAACCAUGCACCACUGUGCAGAACCAAACACAGAGGACUGGCAGAUCCAGUUGAAGCACCAGGCUGCCCAGGGACUGUGGGAGGAUGUGGUGGUGGUCGGGGAGGAAAACUUCACCACUCCGUGCUAUAUCCAGCUGGAUCCAGAGGCCUGCCACAUCCUGACAGAAACCCUCAGCACGUAUGCCUUGGUGGGACAGUCAGUCACCAAAGCAGCAGCCAAACGUCUCAAACUGGCAAUUUUUGGACCCCUGUCCUGCUCUUCACUGGAGUACAGCAUCCGGGUCUACUGCCUCGAUGACACACAGGAUGCCCUUAAGGAGGUUCUCCAGCUUGAGAGGCAGGUGGGGGGGCAGCUUUUGGAGGAACCCAAAGCUUUGCAUUUUAAGGGAAGCACCCACAACCUCCGCCUCUCCAUCCACGACAUUGCCCACUCUCUCUGGAAGAGCAAACUUCUGGCAAAAUACCAGGAGAUUCCCUUUUACCACAUUUGGAGUGGAUGCCAGAGGAACCUGCACUGCACCUUCACGCUGGAAAGGUUCAGCCUGAAUACCCUGGAGCUGGUGUGCAAACUCUGUGUGCGUCAGGUCGAAGGAGAAGGACAGAUCUUCCAGCUCAACUGCUCCAUCUCAGAGGAACCUACUGGGAUUGAGUAUCCUCCUAUAGACUCAGCAGGCACCAUCACCACCAUUGUAGGACCCAGUGCUUUCAGCAUCCCCCUCCCAAUAAGGCAGAAGCUGUGCAGCAGCCUGGAUGCCCCCCAGACAAGGGGCCAUGACUGGAGGAUGCUGGCCCACAAGCUGAAACUGGACAGGUACCUAAAUUAUUUUGCUACAAAAUCAAGUCCCACCGGGGUGAUCCUGGAUCUCUGGGAAGCCCAGAAUUUCCCUGAUGGCAACCUGAGCAUGCUGGCAGCAGUUCUGGAAGAAAUGGGAAGACAUGAAACCUUUGUUUCUUUGGCAGCAGAAGGAAAUUACUGAUACAGCCUUGGCGUGACCAGGAAGGACAGAUGCAGGGAGUGGUAAUGCCCUGUUAUUACAGAAUGAGAACUGAAAUGAAAACCCAGACCAAUGAGUUACACAAGAGACACUUCAGAGAAGAAAGCAAGCAAACAAACAAACAAACAAACAAAAACCAGCCCUGACCUUCACACUUGCUCUCCUUAUACAUUAUCACAGGAUUUAAGAGAAACCAUGCAAAGUUUACCUUGAAAAUAUAAAUCAACCUAAUGUUCCUCUCAGCUUGGCUGUACACUGCUUGGUACAGGAUUUUACAGUUUCCUAGGAAACGCUUUUUAUUGCUAUCCAGAUAUAUGGAUAAACUUUCUUAAAAAUCCCAGUUUCUAUGGAUGUUGUUUACAUCAAAUUCUGGGCAGGGGUAAGGAGACUGUCCAUGGCUCUUUAUAUUUUUUUGUUUAAAGCCAUUCUAGACGAAGCUAUGGACAGUUGGUUGUGGCUAUUUCAGAUUAUUG